UCUCAAAAAAAAGAAAAGAAAAAAGAAAUUAACUGAGUUGGCAGACACCACUGCCGCCGGGAGCCCCAUACUACCAGCCAUGGUCAACCCCACUGUGUUCUUCGACAUCACUGUCAAUGGCAAGCCCUUGGGCCAUGUCUCCUUCAAGAUAUUUGCAGACAAGUUUUCAAAGACAGCAGAAAAUUUUCGUGCUCUGAGCAUUGGAGAGAAAGGACUUGAUUAUAAGGGUUCCUGCUUUCACAGAAUUAUUCCAGGGUUUAUGUGUCAGGGUGGUGACUUCACAUACAAUAAUGGCACUGGUGGCAAGUCCCUCUAUGGGGAGAAAUUUGAUGAUGAGAACUUCAUCCUGAAGCAUACAGGUCCUGGCAUCUUGUCCAUGGCAAAUGCUGGACCCAACACGAAUGGCUCCCAGUUUUUCAUAUGCACUGCCAAGACUGAGUGGUUGAUGGGCAAGCAUGUGGUCUUUGGCAAGGUGAAAGAGGGCAUGCAUAUUGUGGAGGCCAUGGAGCCCUUUGGGUCCAGGAAUGGCAAGACCAGCAAGAAGAUCACCAUUGCUGAUUGUGGACAACUCUGGUAAGUUUGACCCGUGUUUUAUCUUAACCACCAGACCAUUCUUUCUGUGGGUCAGGAGAGUAGCCCUGUAUUAGUCCAUUUUCACGGGGCUGAUAAAGAAGACAUAACUGAAACUGGGAACAAAAAGAGGUUUAAUUGGACUUACAGUUCCACAUGGCUGGGGACACCUCAGAAUCAUGGCAGGAGGCAGGAGGCAAAAGGCGCUUCUUACCUGGUGGUGGCAAGAGAAAAAUGAAGAAGAAGCAAAGGUGGAAACACCUGAUAAAACCAUCAGAUCUCGUGAGACUUAUUCACUAUCACGAGAAUAGCACUAAAAAGACCAGCCCCCAUGAUUCAAUUACCUCCCCCUAGGCCCCUCCCACAACACGUGGGAAUUCUGGGAGAUACAAUUGAAGUUGAGAUUUGAAUGGGGACACAGACAAACCAUAUUGUCCUCUCCACCCCAUUUGCUUGCAGUAUCCUAUAACCUUUGUGUUCUCACUGCAGUUCCCUUUGGGUUCCAUGUUUUCCUUAUUCCCUUCCAUGCCUAGCUGGAUUGCAGAGUUAAGUUUAUGAUUAUGAAAUAAAAACUAAAUAAUAACAGCAACAAAAAUUCAGCAGAGUUUGGAAACAGAAAGAGAGAACAUUCCUCCAGGCAGAACGAGGCCAGGAGUGGGAAAGUAGGAAGUAAAUAAAAGGAAAAAUGAGUGAUGACUAGGGAAAAGGGCAUACAGGUGGUCAGAAAGAGGAUGGGGGGGUAGUCAGUGGAAAGCAGAUGAGGGAAAGCCCAGGGCCUGUACUAACUUGCAAUGUGAUGUCAAAGAAACUACCACAGUGCCGUCUUCCAGGACUCACUGUAGUUGCGAGUGUUAACAUAGGAUACCAUCCGAGGGCUUUCUGGCCACACUACCCUCUGCUACUUUCACCCUAUGUAGGCAGGCAGGUGGGAGGGAAACUUGCAGCAGUCAUGGGCAAGAUCGUGUGGAACUUGCGACACAGCAGAGAGGAAGAAAGCCAGUUUGGGGGAUAUUUUACUAAUCCACAGGCCACCAUUUGUAAUUAGGUGGUAUAUGAUCAUGAUUAACUAAAAACUUACAAAGCAUACAAAGAAGAAAACUGUAGUUAAAGUAAUUGAUCGUUAGAAUACUGGGAUACACUUAGUUUCCAUAAAAGCCUGCCUUAUUGUGAAAUGAAGACCCACUUUAAACUUCCCGGCCUUUAGAGUGGCACUGUGAUGGCCACGGUUGCCGUUGUCAUACUCCGUUUGCCUUAAACAAAGUUGGAGCCUCCAAGAAGUGAACAUGGAAGAGGCCAGUCCACCAAAAGUCAGAGCUGCAAGGCUGGGAGGGUGGGCUGGUCAAGGUCCUAUCUCUGAACAGGCAGCGAGCAGUGGGGAUGAGGGCACUUGCAAUGGAGUCAGAGAAACAUGGUUCCAGGCCUGUCUGUCCCUUUUUACCUGUGUGGCCUCAGGCAAAUUAACUCACCUCUCUGAGCUUCAAUUUCUCUUUUAGGAUUCUGGUGAGGAACAAGUAAGAGAAGGCUCAGACAGCGUUCAGCCUACGGAAAGGUACUCCAGAAAGGCUGGCUCCGUCUCAACUGGCAGAAGCUGAUAGGAUUCCAGGCGUUGUUUCUUUCAUUCAUUCAUUUUCUCAUUUGUUUGUUCAACAAAGAUAUUUAUAUCCUGGUAAUAUAGUGAAGAACAACAGAGAAAUAAUCCCUGUUGGCCAUUAUCAGACUACCGAUCUAACGGAGGGGACAGAUAUUAAACAGCCACUUACUGGCUGUGUGACCUUGAGCAAGUCACAAACUGCAGAACUCUUCCCUACUGGUAAAAGCUACACCACAGAGUUGAUUUCUGCAUUAAAAUAAGAAAUAGAAGGGGCCACGCAAAUAUAGGACUGCGGGCACACUUCCGAAGUCUUCUGUAACCUGCGACAACCCCUAGCUUGGGUUUGGGCAUGGAAGAGGAGAGCAAGGGACGCAUCAGGAUGACCUCCAGGUCUCACUAAGCUCCAUCGGUGAAGUAACAAGAUUAGUUAUUGUAUCUAAAUGCUGUAAAUUUAUUUUAGCGUAGAUAAAGAUGGUUGAGUUAAAAAAAAAAAAAAACAGAAGCAAGUGGUAGGUUAGUUUGCAUUGAUUCUUUUGCCCUUUUCCAGAAGGGAGGAAGAGAGGGAAGAAGGGAGGAAGGCAGAAAGGGAUGGAAGAAGGGAGGGAGGGAGAGAAGGGAGGGACAGGAAGGGAAGGGAAGGGAAGGGAGAGGGAGGGAGGGAAGAAGGCAGGAAGGAAGGCAGGAAGGAAGGCAAGAAGGAAAGAAAGGAAGGAAGGCAGGAAGGAAAGAAAGAAAGGAAAGAAAGAAAGAAAGAAAGAAAGAAAGGAAAGAAAGAAAGAAAGAAAGAAAGAAAGAAAGAAAGAAAGAAAGAAAGAAAGAAAGAAAGGGAAAGAGAAAGAAAAGAGCAACUACUACUACUCAGAAGCUGAAUGCCAAUGACCACUGUCUUCGGGUCUUUGGAUUCUUAUUGACAUUCGCAUGGAUAGUGUUUAAACAGGGGGUGGGCUGUUAUACACACAGUCACUGUUUGCUGUGGCCCAGCAGGAUCUACAAGGGAAGGCCAUUCAAACCUGAACAUUGAUCACCCGGUGCAGAGGAGGUGGCGGCCUCGUGUUUGAAGGAAAGUGGUAAACUUUGCUUUGAUCAGCUCU